AUGCCCACCAUUCCAUACCCUCUUGCUCUCAUUCAACUCUCGAUUGCCGAUUCGACGCUGCCAUGGUCCAAUCCAGUAUGGCAGUCUCUCACGAACGUUCUUGGCGACCCGUGGACUUACAACCAUGGUGGGGAUAAGUCUGCUGCAGCAACUCAUGUCCCUGAAUGGACGGUGGGCAAGGCACAGGCAGUCGAAGCCUUCAUAAACAAUUGUAAAUCGGCGCAGGAUCCUGCUCUCCACUACGCCAUCAAACGCAAAGAUAAUGAUCACGAGGGUCGUUCUUCUUGGAAUAUCUGGGUGAAGACAUCAUGGGCUAAAUGGAAAAUCAACACAUUGGUCGACAACAUCUUGCAAGAAAACGGUUGCGAACCCCACGAUGUUAUGGCUCGACUGAACUGCAAGAGUGCAGAUGAUUUUCCGACGAUGGAAGCUGCACAGAUAAAGCACGUUGUUUCCAUUAAAUUGGCUGAUGCUUUGUUCGGCGAUGAUGCUUUCACCGAUGGAUCUUUCCUUUUGAUUAGGGCGGGGGCUAAUCGCAGCACAGUCAUGACGGCCACGAAUGCAAAACCGACGAUAGCCAGCAUCCGCACAUACCUGAAGAAAGUGGAAUCUUUGGUUACACUUCUUAGCCUGUUCAAGGACCAGGAGACGGUCGAGAACCUCGGUUCCCAUCGUGAACAGGUCAAUACAAUGCUGGCCGCUGCCAAGAAAGAUCCCACUAAAGCAGAAUCGGUGGCACAGCUGCCAAAAUCUCUUCGGGAUGCGCUUGACAGGUUGGCCACCGAAGACGAAGUAAAGGAGCUCGAACUUUUCAUUGAGACCACGUUAGCUGCGAUGGUGCCGCUCGAAGGUGACAAGGUGGUGAUAGACUUUGCAGAGAAUAUGGAUGUUGGCGACUGGAAGAGUGGUGUAGAGGAAUACGACAAGCAUAGCGAGGAUCAGCUUUGGGAGGACCUGGGCCUGCCCGAGAAGAGACUCCCUUUUUUCCAGACGAGAUUGGAUCCCGACGCCGUCAUUGAUCCGUGGAGCCAAGAAGGCCAGCAAUGGCUCGAUAAUCCGGCAAAUCCGGCCCAGAACCUGGUGCCUCGGUGGCAUCAACUGGUUGGCAUUCUGAGGCUGGUCGACAGGGCGUUGGAUGAUGAACCAGUGAUGCUGAUGGAUGGCGUUGGGGUUGGGAAAACCAUGCAGGCAGUUGGCUUAAUCGCAUGUCUUGCUCACUACAGAGAACAUUACAGGAAGCACGGCAAGUUCCCUGGAAAAUUUGCACAGCGAUUCUGCAAGAAGACCGGCGGCAAUAUUCCAGACUUGCCCACCGUGAUAAUGAGUCCACCUAAUUUACACCACCAAUGGAUGAGUGAAAUACAACGGUAUCUAAGGCGGGCGACGUUUGAUGUUAUUCCCUACACGGGAAAAUAUAUGGCACGAUCACAGUGGUGGACGGUGGCUUGGACUAAAUGCCAGCAGCCUCCAAUACGACGCAUCAUCUUGGUCACGACAAAUGCAGCGCAAGACGAUGCAGCGACAGUUUUCAUUCAAGGCGACAGGGACAGCUACGGGCAGCCGAUACAUAGUCCUCGCUUUGAACGCACUAGCCCUAGUACCCUUUUCGGCCACGAAUAUAUCACAAGUAUCAUCGACGAAGGCCACCUCUUACGUAACAUCAACCUGGCACAUACUGCAGCUCGAGCACUUCAAGGGAAAUCACACUCAACUGUGAUGAUGACUGCAACGCCGGUCACCACAAAACCUGCGGCGGGAGUUGAGGGAUCAAUCCUACGAGCUGUUUUUGUGGGCAAUCACAACCCAGAGGCUGCCCAAGAAGAAUACUUGCCUGUGAUGAGAAAAUGGAUGGGGCGGAUGCGGGAAUGGUUCUCCCCUGCUGUCAUUCUUCGCACCAUAGACUCCACCGACAAUGCAGGGAAUAAGAUCCUGGGCCUCCCUCCGUAUCGCGACCACACCUUGAAGAUCAAGCUACUCGACUGGGAGAUGGAGAAUCUGCGGAAUAUUGCACGCGGAUACCUGGAUGACUGUCCCAUCGUAGGAAUGAGCAAGGAAUGGGACAUCAGCCCUAACACCAAAAGUAUGAAGUUGGACGUGUUAGCUAUGCUGAUUAAGUACCAUCUGGAGUCUGAUGGUAGCCGGCCAUUGAUGAUGGACGAAAGCGGUCGCCACCUGGUUCCUAAUCCAGACUUUGCAGCUGGUAAUAUCAACCCAAACGAGCCAGACCGAAUCAUAGUAUUUUCGGCUUUCGUCACCUCCAACCAGGCCAUUGUAGAUAUCUUGGACCUUCAUGGCAUACAUGCGCUGGAGCUUAAUGGCCAGACCCCCAUGAGGAAGCGCAAGGGCAUUCUGGAUAAGUUUCGGUCAUCUGCGCGGCCUGACGGUGCACGGGUCAUGAUUUUGUCAGGCGUAGGCAUGGAUACCCUUUGGUCAGAGCAGGACGAUCGCCAGUUGCGUGGGCGGAUCUACCGUCACCCUCAGGCUAAAGAGGUGCACGUUUACCGAGCCAUUGCUUUAAAGACUGCGGAUGUCUUUUUAAAUAAUAUUUCGUUCUCGAAGGGCGCAAUGCACGAGGCAUUUAUUGGCGCUGACAAGGAAUUCCGUAAGGCUUUACUAUGA